UGUUACUUAGAGUUGCUCCUCUUGACAUAUUCAUUCAAAAUGGCCGCUCAACACAUGUGCAGUGGGUCUGUUCAAAAACACUCUUCAUCGGCUAACAAACCAGAGAUCGUCGUAUAUCAUGCACCGUCAAGAAAAAAGAAAAAUGUUAGAAAUGAGUCUAUUCCAUCAUCAUCAUCACCAAAGACCUCAGCUCCACCUGAAUUUAACCUUGAAAAGGCUCGGGCUGAAAUUCGUCAGCUGGGAAUUCAAGGCUUUACUGGUCGGACCAAGACAGAAGCAGAAAUAGCCAAAUUAAGAGAUCUGGGAGCAAAAAUCCCAAAAGUCUGGGUGAGGAAAAUGGAAAGAAAGAAGAGGAAUAUCAAUUAUCAAAGACACAGACAGGAUCUUCGGAUUGGAGUGAAAACAAAAGUAGCAAAAGGUCCAGAGAAGAAAGACAAAAAAAUCAGUAAAGAUGACUCUAAAUUUAAAGCUACAAUUGGAAAAGUGAGUGGUGGCGUCCACUUUCUUAAAGAAGCAGAUAUUAAAAGAGUAAUGAACUCGUGAUACCAGCUAAGUGUGUGUUUGGAGGUAUAGAUGUGAAUGUGCCAUGGCAGUAAACUUGCAUAAAUAAAUGAUACAGUAUUUAUAA